CGCGCUCUCGCGCUCUCCCUGUGUGUGCCGGUCAAGUCGUGGGGGUGUGUGUCUCUGUGCGUGCGUGCGUGUGUGUGUGCGCUUGUGGCUUGGCCUGCCCCUGGUUGCGACGGGGGUGGGCGUUGGUGGUGCAGGUUUUGGGGUGGGACCAAGACCUGGGCCCGUUUUCAGAAGCCUUUGGUUGGACACCAGCCACAUGGACUACGCGCGCCGGAUCCUGGCCAAGCAGGGCUGGGCAGAGGGCCAGGGUCUGGGACGGAGCCGCUCAGGUCGCGCUGAUGCCAUCAAGGUCAAGCUCAAAUUCGACAAAGCCGGGAUUGGAGGCAAAAACUCGGAGGAGUUUACGUUCCCAUGGUGGGACCAUGCUUUCAACCGGGCCUCGGCAAACAUUGUGAUUGCUGAUGAUUCAGAUGACGAAGACAUCAAGGUGACGAGCCAAGCCGACCUAGGCCGCGUCUCUUCCAAAGAGCCGCGCGAGCGCGAGCGCCGCCGCUUUUAUGGCAUGUUUGUCAAGGGUCCCACCAUGACGGGGAGCGACAUGAACGAGGUCCCCAGCGCGGGCACCGAGAGCAGCGACAGCGAUUCCGAUAGCGAUGACGAUGGUCCAACCAUCUCCUUUGAUACGACCAACUAUGCCAAAAAAAUGACAGAUGAGGAACUCUUCCAUGCGUGCGGAGGUCUGACUGGUCACAAAGCCGCACGACAUGGUCACAGUCUUUCGGGCAAGCUAAAGCGCAUUCAGGAAGCAGAGCAAUCCGGAGGCAAAGUAGUCAGCCUAGCCGAUGCCGUAGUGUGGGCAGAGCCGGAAACGGCCCCCGCAGCACGAGCGGCACAGACCAAAUCAGUUGCUUCCUCUGAGAAGCCGGCAAAGAUGGAGAAGAAGGAGAAGAAGGCGAAGAAGGCAAAGAAGGACAAGACGGAGAAGAAGGAGAAGAAGGAGAAGACGGAGAAGGCGGAGAAGGCGGAGAAGACGGAGAAGGCGGAGAAGGUGGAGAAGGCGGAGAAGAAGACAAAAAAGGAGAAGAAGGAGAAGAAGGAGAAGAAGUCUAAAAAGGCGAAGAAGGAGACAGACGCUUCCGAGAAAAAGUCCAAGAAGGAUAAGAGCAAGACAGACCGGGCCAAGCGCAGCUCAGCCGACGAUGACGUUCCAGCCGAGAGCGAUGGUCGCACCGCGGCCAAGCGUUCAAAACGCUCUAAAGGCGACUCGGCAUGAAACCGAGGACAAUAGAGUCAGCCACAGCUGCGACUCUUAUGUCCUCUUUUCUUAGCUGCUGCUUCAACAGACCAGCUCAUCGACCUUUUGCUCGCUGGUUGCGUUUCGAGUGUCAUUGCUCCGAAUUCAUGUGCUAUCGU